AUGUGCCCACUAUGCUCUACACCUUUGAAGCAGCACUUGAUCCAGCCAACUUUGGCACUCAUCUCCUGUCCUCUGGAAUCGUGUAUCUAUCCGUUUAAUUUACUGGUGGCCGAGCUACAUGAUAACCAACUCUUGAUCGAAGUUGACACAGCAGACAUCAUGGCCAAAAUGGAGAGUAAAAUGGUCAAAGAUGUUGGAGUUGAUGAAAAGCUAGCAGAAUUUAUAGCACGAGAAGACCCAGAUGUUGGAAUGUGA